GAAUGAAAAGUCAUGAAAGAGCGAGCUAUUCCACCAAUUACUCGAAGAAACAAAAAGAAAUAGGUACCCCACUACUAAUGGUGAAAGGUCCUCCGCAAGGAAGCAUAUAUAGCCAAGAGGAUACGGCAGCUGCAUGCCAUGUUUUCUUUGUACAAGACCCUGGGCUGGCACUCUUCCAAGUCUAAAAAGUGAAAACAGUAGGAUGCACUAGAAAUCACAUCUGAUCUAAAAUCUAAAGAGCAAGCUGUUCUCUUUUCCAUGCGUUCCACAGUCCAAAAAAAAGACUUGUCAUACUUUUUCUUUCUGCUGUUUUUAACUCGAGAGUACUCUCUCCUCCUCCCAAGUUCUAAAGCCAUUUGCAUAUUUCUUUUGCAAGACCAUCAACCUCUCCGUUCCUCCAUCAUAUCCACAAGUCUCAACCCACACCUUUAAGCCCUGGCCAUCCUAACAGGUUGCCAUGGAACCUGAUACCAGUUCCACACCAAAGCUUCCUCUAUUCUCAAUGGCAACCGUGCAAUCACCUGAGCAUUCAGGUAUGCUAACCCCACCUCUAUACACCUCAGCUUCAGUUCCAUUUAGGUGGGAGGAAGAGCCCGGAAAACCUAGACCCUGCACCGCUCUCAUCACUCUUCCCACCAGCACCACCACAGAGUCCCCCAGGUGCUUAGACCUGCCCCCUAGGCUAUUCUUGGAGCCCAGCAAGAUUACAAAAACACCCUCCCCCACCACAGUGCUGGAGGGCCCUUAUGUGUUGGGCAGGCCUAAGUUCACCUCAUCCUCAUUCAGAUUCUUCAGGGAGCGACAAGGGUCAUUUGACAGUAGUAGCAGUAAGAGUCCCGAGAGAGGUCAACUCAGUAGUAUGGUACUUGGCAAGAAACUGCACAAGGGAAGAGGACUCUUCGGUUCCUGGAGGCAAAAGACACCUAAAUUUAGGUCUGGAAAGAGGGAAGCUGGGGGAAGUUGUAGCUUCGUCCAUCCAUCUUCAGUCUCAGGAGAUGGUGCAGACGCUGGAAGUGAUGAUGGCAAUAUUCCCAGGGUUAAGAUUGGGAGAAUAAGAAGAAAUGGAAGCUUUUCAAGUCUCUCUCAAGCCAAGUCUCAAUUUUGGGCUGCAGUGUACGAGGGAUUUAAGCAAGUGCUUCCGUGGAAGAGCAGAAAAUCAAAGAAAGGAGUUCUGUAGUUUACUUUGCCUAUGGAUAUCGUGCAAUGUAAAAUUAACUUCUGCAUGCCUAGGGAUAGUCUUGAUGUCGAAGUUCCUCAAUCUGAGGAACGUGUGUUAUUAUGGCUUUGCUGUAGCUCCUACAUGCAGUGCAGUAAUUCUAGACUCCGACGUAUUAAGCAGACACAAACGAAUCAAAUUAUUUAUUUAUUUAUGUACUACUGCAGAAUCCCACUGCUAGUUUUGUAAGUAAUCAUACAUAACUUCUCGUGAAGGCGAUUCGUGGUUCAGUUUA